AUAACCCAAUCAUGCCCAAAUUUGUACCCCUUUUAAUUUCCCCCCAAUAUGGCUUUUUAUAACAAAUCCCCACCCUUUGUCUUGCCACUGUUGCUCAUCACCUUGGCAUCCAUGAGUGGCAACACAAUGGUGGCUGAGGCUAGGCAUCUUCUUGCUGAUUUUCGAUCACUUGCUGAUUUUCCGACGAUUCCGGAGCUGCCGGAGAUUCCUAAAUUUGAAGUGCCCCAGUUCCCAAGUAUUCCAGAGCUGCCGGAGAUCAUUCCUAAAGUGGAAAUUCCAAAGUUACCUGAAUUGCCUACCUUCCCUGGAUUGCCAGAGCUGCCAAAGAUCCCAAUUCUAAAGCCUUGAUAUACUUCAUCAGCACUCUCAGCUUUCAUCUCAUGCUUGGUUCACUGGAGGACUUGAUGUUUUGAUAUGGCUUUCUGUCUUUUUUCUUUUUUGCAUUUUCUAUUUUUCGUUAUUUCUUUUGCCUUUGAAUGUGUGUAUCUUUCUUCCAAUAAAUAUUCAACAAGUUUGAGAUCGAAA